AUGGUGCGCAAUCUGGAGUAUCCCAAGAAAGCGCAAAACACGUUGAAGCGAUACAACAACAGAGGGACAUAUGACCUGGAGGCGAUCCAUUCCAUAAUCAAUACAACCUCAGUUCUCCAUGUCUCAUUUCCACCAGGCCCCGACCAGCCAUUCCCUGCAAUUCUUCCAAUGAUAGGAGUUAUGGGCUCUUUUGACUACCCUUCUGCCAGUCUGGACGAGCCGCUUGACUGCUACCUGCACGGCUAUGUUAGUUCGAGACUCAUGCGUAUCGCGCGUGAUUCGGCCGAGGGGUUGCCCGUCUCCCUGGCAGCCACCAAAGUGGACGGGCUGGUGUUGGCUCUGACUCCUAACUCGCACAGCUAUAACUACCGGUCGGCUGUUCUCCAAGGCUAUGCGAAGCCAGUCGACACAGACGAGGAAAAGCUGUACGCCAUGGAGCUGAUCACCAAUAAAGUAGUCGCGAAUCGAUGGGAGAACACCAGGGUGCCACCUGAUAAUGUGGAAAUGACGUCUACCACCAUCCUCCGGGUCAAGAUCGAGACUGGCAGUGGCAAGAUCCGACAAGGUGGCCCACAUGACGAGGCAAAGGAUGAGAACCGCGAUGAAAUCACGGAGAAGGUCUGGACGGGGGUCGUUCCCGUGUAUGAGGCAUUUGAAGCCCCGGUUCCGAGUGAGACCAACAAAAUCAAGGAGGUGCCUGCAUAUCUUACCUCUUAUGUUGCCGAGACAAAUAAAGGGAAUAGGGAUAAGGCGUUGAACGCGGUGAACGAACCGUGA